UUAUGAGUGACCUAUAUAUUUAUAUUCAAAGAUCAAAACUUAGCUAGGGUUCGGAGCUUGCCAAACUUCACCAAAGAGGCCCUCAAAUCCCCGAAAGCAAAAUGCCGAAGCAAAUCCAUGAGAUUAAGGACUUCCUUCUCACUGCCAGAAGGAAAGAUGCACGCUCUGUGAAAAUCAAGAGGAGCAAAGAUGUGGUUAAGUUCAAGGUCCGUUGCUCCAAGUAUCUGUACACAUUGUGUGUCUUCGACUCUGAGAAGGCUGACAAGUUGAAGCAGUCUCUUCCUCCAGGUUUGAGUGUGCAAGACCUGUGAAUGUGGACCAUGGACCCAGGCAUGUCAAAUGUUUACUAGGGAGAUUAGACCAAGAUUUAGUUUUGUCUUAUGCUGUUUGAUUGAAAUACAUCGUUAUAACAACAAAUUUGAGAUUGAUAUUUACUUAAUUGCUAGGUGUACUUGGCUCUUGCCAUUAGUUGAUUCUGGAUUAAACUUAAUUUUUGUAUUAUUCCAGUUUCUAUUUAAUAGUUCAUUUUACAUGUUUGUUA